GUGUGUCGCGUGAGGACGACGACGACAACAGGCACCGCUCAUCACCAAUCGGACAAGAAGAAAACGGAGCGCUCUGGGACUUCAACCAAACAGAGCUCUCGCUAGAAACAUUCUGGGUUGAACCCGUGGUGCGGGAAUGGAUUGGAGAGGGAGUAUAUCCACGUUUAUCGCUCAGUAGUCGUGUGGACAUGAAAGUGUGAGCAAGAGAGAGGAGAUCAUAAACGAUACCCUGUUGCAACGAUUUCGAUUUGAUGUUUUGGAAAGUCCAUAGGCCUACAUCACAAAGGUGAAUGCUGCAGCACAGCCCCCUGGAAAAGGAAUGAGCAAAGCAGUCUUGUGAUUAUUUGUUGAAGCAGCAGCGGCAAGCUUCUCCCCUGUCUGAGUCUCCCUCAAAGUGUGAGAAACAAGAUGGGUAAUGGAUUAUCAGACCAGAUCUUCCCCAGCCUUCCUUCCUUCCAGGCUCUCCAUAUUGUCAUCCUGGGUCUGGACUGCGCCGGGAAGACCACUGUCCUCUACCGCCUUCGUUUCAAUGAGUUUGUGAACACGGUCCCCACUAAGGGAUUCAACACGGAGAAGAUCAAAGUGUCCCUGAGUGCUAGCGGAAAGUCCUGGCGGAAGGCGGCGUUCCACUUCUGGGACGUGGGCGGUCAGGAGAAGCUCCGCCCCCUGUGGCGCUCAUACACGCGGUGCGCCGACGGUAUCGUGUUUGUGGUGGAUUCCGUCGACACCGAGCGUUUGGAGGAGGCCAAGACGGAGCUCCAUAAGAUCACAAGGUUAGCAGAGAACCAGGGGGUGCCUGUUCUAGUGGUGGCCAACAAGCAGGACCUGAGGAACUCCCUGCCGCUUCACGAGAUGCAGCGCUCUCUGGCGCUAGGGGAGCUGGGUAAUGGAACGCCCUGGCACCUGCAGCCCGCCUGCGCCAUCAUAGGGGAGGGGCUACAGGAAGGUCUCGAGAAGCUCCACACCAUGAUCAUCAAAAGGAGGAAGACGCAGAAAGCUCAACAGAAGAAGAAGAGAUGAUCGGAUUGGUCACACACACAACCGCCAACAUGGCGGAGUUGGUGGAGUUACACAAGGACUUAAUGUGAGAUACCAAUGGUGAUGGACGGUGACCCAUCUGUCGGGGUGUUAACCUGUUAACCAUGAGCUGGACAUAUGGUGUUGACUAGUAUGGUGUACCAAUACUGCUAGGUGUCUCCUUAUCAAUACAUUGACCAGGUGAUGUGGAGCACUCAGUGAUGGGUCAGCUGCUUGCUGGACUGCCUGCCUGCCUGUAAGUCUGUCUUGGCACAGCAACACGGGACAGUAGACACUAAUGUCUUUUUAUAGGAAGUAUUUCGUCAUACCAUGAGGCACACAAGAGUUCCCAGAGAGACAAAACAAUCAAAACGUUGGAGUGUCAGAGAAGUCAAAUGCACACUUGACUGUCUUUACUGUCAAGUGUUACAAGUGUAUGUAGCCUAUUGUUCAAUCAGUUUGAAACAUGAAAACACAAUGAAAUUAUAGGUUUACCAAAGCUUUUGUUGACAAUGAGAUUACACGUCGAAAACACAAAGAAGGACUAUCAAGUUGCAGUAGGAGUCAUGUUAGUGUGACCUCUGAAAUGUAGUCUUACAAUCAGUCAGUAUUAGAAGCAGGGGCGCAACUUUCACUGGGAACGGGGGACAUGUCCCCCCCACAUUCUGAAAUUGCAUUUUUGAGAACGUUUAAACAUUGGAAUGUGAUACAAAACGAGGCAACUGUGUGCUUUAGGACCAUGUGGACGCCUCCGAGCAGUCGGGUAAACUGUUUGGAGUGUUUGUCCGACUGGAUAAAAUAAAAUAAAAAAGUAUGUCCCCCCUUCUUCUAAAACCAAAGUUGCGCCUCUGUAUACAAGUUUAGAGAGAAUAGUUCACAAUAAGCUCAAUGAUGAUGAUGAUUCACUGAGAAGAGAAUACAGAGAUGGACAUUUUUAAACGUAAGUGUAACAACGUUAGUGUUUCAUCAGUGAUAAAUGAUUAGGAUCUACAGCAGUUAGGCUAUUUAAUGUUGCUGUCACUUGGGUGAAGUGAGGUCAAGGUGGGGUAUAAACUUAGUUCAGCUCAGCACUAUUGGUGUCAGUGUCAGUGGUUGUGUCUUAUGUAAUUCUGUUGAUGCCAGGCUCAGUUGGCUAAGCAAUCUGAAUAUUCCUUCCUGGCUUGGCUAGCGGUCUGUUCUGGACCCUGUACUCCAAAAGUGUCAGGCAUCUGUCAGAUCCAGGCUUAGUACCUGCCUAAGACUUUGGGUGCAUUCCAGAGUGUAGAUCCAGCCCUACUUCGCUAUCUACCUAAGACUUUGGGUGCGUUCCAGAUACACCUUUUCUGCUGUCAUAUCCAGCCCUACCUAAGACUUUAGGUGCGUUCCAGAUACACUCAUUCUACUCAGGUCCUUGCAGUUUAUAGGAUCGUUAUAUCAUGUUGAUGUGCUUCCUGAGAUGUUAAAUAGUUCUCCAAAUGAUGUAAAGAUCUGAUCUCAGAUCUGUGCAGGUUUUGUGUACCUGGAACGCACCCAUGGACUUCCAUAUUUCAUAGGGACAGUCAAGUAAAUGCACUUUAUUGGUCCGUUUUCUGACCUUGCGUCAUCAGAUUUUUGUAUGACGUUUAUUAUGAUACUUAAAAGAAGUCAAAUAUUGAUAUUGCUUCGAAGGAAGCGUUUAAAAAAAAGUUGUUACACUGUUACCACAUUGGACCGUCAGUUAUGUCCACCUGUUUACUCUGUCUGUGUGUGAGGGGGGAGGGGUGAUCAUAUGUAUGUGUUUGUUUGUAGGAAUUUGUUCAACUCGAAUAAAGCAACAAUUAAAUGCAAUAA